UUUGCUCCCUUUUACAACUGCAGUCUUUCAGAAAAUGUUUUCAACUGUCCCACAAAUGAAAACAACUGAUCAUUAUUGUCACAGCCAGUCAGGAUGUUGCUGCAUCUCAGCAAGCACUGUGUUUCUGGCGUCCCUGGUUUUUAUGUUGCAGUUCAUCUUUCAGCCUCUAGAUGAGCAACAAGACAAGCUUGGCUGCAGACCGACCAGGAGCAGCAAGUGCAGAUAGCUGCAAGCUAACGCUAGCUAUCAUAACAUUAACCCCAAUUUGGGGCUUUGGUCGCUCAUUGUUUUGCUAGCAAGGUCAAGGCUGGCUUCACUGGUCAACCAUGCAGAAAUAUGAAAAGCUUGAAAAAAUCGGAGAGGGUACAUACGGGACAGUAUUCAAGGCGAAAAACAGAGAAACCCACGAAAUUGUGGCGUUGAAAAGGGUCAGGUUGGACGACGACGACGAGGGAGUGCCAAGUUCUGCUCUGAGAGAAAUCUGUCUUCUGAAGGAGCUCAAGCAUAAAAACAUUGUCAGACUACAUGAUGUUUUGCACAGUGACAAGAAGUUAACCUUGGUUUUUGAAUAUUGUGAUCAGGAUUUGAAGAAGUAUUUUGACAGCUGCAAUGGGGAUUUAGAUCCUGAAACUGUGAAGUCGUUCAUGUACCAACUGUUGAAAGGCCUCGCUUUCUGUCACAGUCGUAAUGUUCUUCAUAGAGAUCUGAAGCCGCAGAAUCUCCUCAUCAACAGAAAUGGGGAAUUGAAGCUGGCUGACUUCGGGUUGGCUCGAGCCUUUGGCAUUCCUGUGAGGUGUUACUCAGCAGAGGUGGUGACAUUGUGGUACCGGCCUCCAGAUGUGCUUUUUGGUGCUAAACUUUAUUCUACCUCUAUUGACAUGUGGUCUGCUGGAUGCAUAUUUGCAGAGCUGGCUAAUGCUGGAAGGCCUUUAUUCCCUGGGAACGAUGUGGACGACCAGUUGAAAAGAAUCUUCAGAUUGUUGGGAACACCAACUGAAGAACAGUGGCAGACAAUGACAAAACUCCCAGAUUACAAGCCAUAUCCCAUGUAUCCAGCCACCACCUCACUGGUGAAUGUGGUCCCCAAACUCAGUAGCACAGGACGGGAUCUACUCCAGAACCUGUUGAAAUGUAAUCCUGUCCAGAGGAUCUCUGCGGAAGAGGCCUUGCAGCACCCAUACUUUGCUGAUUUCUGCCCACCCUAAAUGCUAAAUUGCCUCUCGCUGAACCUCAGCCGCCAGAAUCAAUCAUCCAUCACUCUGUUGGGUCAUUAGGACCAGUACCAACAAGGCAAAUCCCUCACUGGUUUGACAACCCCUGCAUUUCGUUCUGUUGUGCCUCCGUGUGGAACAAAGUCCUGGUGGCUCUGCAAGGUUUUAGUUCUUCUAAGUUGCAAGCCUGUUUAAUUUGGUACAUAAAAGCCUCCCAGUUAGUUAGCACUACUCUGGGAGGCUGCACUAUUUGUUGCAUUGAUUAUAUUUUAUACCUGAGGAAAUGUUUGUCGACAAGAAGCCCUUCUGCUCCCAAAUAAUCAAAUUCACGUGCUGUAUUCUUCAGAUUUUUAAAUUGUCUAUAAUGAUUGAGACAUGCCCAUUGAAUCUGUGAUGAUCUCAUUUGGUUGAAUUCAAUUUGAAACAUGACGGUUUCUGUUCUUACAGGGCUGUGUUUUGCAAAGCAGUUUGCUGUUAUUAAUGGAAAUCUUUAUCUUGGUGGAGACUGUAGCCUGACUGAUACUGGAGUUAUGAUGCCAGUACCAAUAUUACGGUGAGAAUUUAAAAAAUCUGAUAAUUUUUAGUUAUUGGCUGACAUUCAUUCCUUAACAAACACAAUGUAUAAACUAUUUUACAAUUAAAAAAUAAUCUUAUGAUCUUAUCUAUGAGUGCACACAGGUGGACAAGCUAUCCAACAGAGACCCUUUCUAAAUUAUGUCAGACAUAUCUUUAACAUUUCUGUAUGGCGAUUUCUUGUCACUUAUUGGCUGUUACAUACGCUGAUACAAUUUAUAUGCGAUAAGCUAAUAUCCGCUAGUAUGUUGGCGUCAGUCGGGCUGUGGUGGAGACCACAGAUUCCCUGGGCAGCUAAUGCUACAAAGUCGCUAUUUAAAAAUAAGUUAUAUUAAAUUCAUCUACCAGUUUUAGAAAAUCAAGCAAGUGAUUCAUUUGAAAAUUGUAAAGGCUGAAGUCAAUGUUUCCCCUCUUUUUAAGAAUUGUAUGUUAUUUUUGUAAUGCUUUAUUCUACAGGUGUGUAAUUUCUGAGAGAUUUUCCAAGAGGUUUCAUGGAUAGAAUUAUGUAGUUUUUGUACUAAUUACAGAAAAAAAUGUGUAUUUCCUUGAAAGAAUUAUUCCAAUGAAACCCAAGGAAAUAUUCAACAAUUAUUAAUUUAUUAUUGGAAACCAUAUAUAUCCAUAAAUGCUAAAUUGUAUGAGUGUUUGUAGGGAAACUAAACAUUUGUGCUCAGAAUUAAUCAAUUUGAAGUGUAUCAAUUGAACUCUAUCUUCCCUAUAAUUUUACCAAAUUACAUAGUUCUUUUCAUGGAAACAUCCUGGGAAAUUAUAGCAAUAACAGUGUUACCAUUAUUUUUUCUUUCUUUUUAGACCACAACAGACGACAAACUUGUAUUUCUUAUGUUUCACAUACCAACAGUACAACUCUUUGUCCCACUACCUAUCACAAGAUUGUAUAAUAGCAUGGGAAGCUAAUUUAUAAUUUUCUUGUUCUCAGGCUUCCCCCAACCCCCCCUUUUGUUUUUUUCUUUGUGCACUUUGUAACUGACAGUUUUAUUUGAAGUUCUUUAAUUAUCUAUUAUUAAAUAUGUUGAACACUGACAGCCAGGAUUAUGGCCGGUUAUCAGUAAAUGGGCCAAUAUAGAGAUAUAUGCAUAUAUAUAUCUAUAUAUAUAUAUAUGUUAAUAACUAGUGGACCAUUAGUGACACAUUGCUUUUUUUUAACAUCAUUUUUAUCGUUAUACUUGUGUCUUUUAGCCUUUAUGAGAUGCUUUUUUAAUAGUUAAAUUAGAAAUGAAGAAAAAAAAAUCCAGAUAAUCCACUGAUAAUCUGUAUUUUCAUAUGAUUGUUUUGCACCAUUUUGGUUACUUAUUAUAUUAACAUGGUCAACAGCUUGCAGUGUUAUUUUACUCCAGAUUGUUAGAGUGCUACUUAUCCCAUAAAAGCCUACAUAACGAGUUGUGUUUGAAGUAGCUGUCUUAAUAGGGAAAUGAUUCAUUUUCAUUUUGCUGAUGUAAGACGAGUUAAUGGAUGCAUGUAUUUAUUAAUGAUGGAAUGUCUGCUCUUUUUUUUUUGGCAUUCUUUUAAAUGUAGCACUACUUCAUUUGGUUCAGAAACUCUCCUCUUGAAUGAUUUAAUAAUACUCUAUCUAUAGCAUUUAGUGGGCCCUUUUUAGGAUUUAAAAUGAUUGAAAGAUGUGUGUAUGGGUAAAGUUAUAUUGAAGAAAAAAAACAAGCAUUUGCUCAGCAUUUCAUUAUCUCAUUGUGAUCACAGGACAUUUCAAACUGAUGUAGAGUUACUUUAUACAGUUUAAACUUUAAUUUCGAAUGAAGAGUGGAUUUUGCACUUUGCUAGUACAUUUGCUUUUGUUGGUAGAACUUGGGACAAAUAUUGUCAGUGAUAUUUUUUUCUGUAUAUUUCAGCCAAUAAGACUGUGUUCAGUAAAGUGGACAUAAAUACA